AUGGCACCAGUUGAAAAACAACUCUUUUUAAAGCAGGAACUACUCGAAAAGUUAAGAACUCAACUCUACCUUAAACCAGCCUUAUUUGAGUAUACUGCGCCAGUCAUUCAUCUUGUAUCUCUUCAAGACGGGAAUGGGUCAGAUUUUGCCUCUUUGAGCACAUCCCUUAGCAGUCUUACAGAGGCAGUAGAUUCUUCAGAGGCUGGUCCGGUGUUUAAAGACAUCAUUGAGUUUCUUGAAGACUGGCAGGAAGCUGGCAAGGGAUUCAGGAUUGGAGACUUAAAGGAAAGUGUUCAGAAGCUCUACCAUCUGCUUUAUCCCACUGAAGGAGACACCGAAGCUCUUCCAGGUGGAAGCAUAUGGUCAGUGUCUAAAGAAUGGAUGGCACUUGAACUAGGCGCUUCUAUUUCUCGUAUAUGUGAUGCCCUAGAUGACAUGGCAUUUAGUCGGUCUACCAUGAAAGAGUUACGAACCUCGAUCAUCAAUUUCAUUGAACAUGAUGCCAACGGUGACUUCGUCACCCGCGAGGUAGCCAGGAUUAGUUGUGAUUUUCAUGAGGAUGAUUAUGGCGUUCACCAGCAAGAGAAAUUAUUAGUCGGGUUAAGUGAAUUUGAAAAGCUCUGCCGUGAUCGUAAUCCCGAAACCCAACCCUUGUUGAACUGUCUCCAGAGUAUCCGCCAUCAGCUUAAUGAUACCCCAUUGAAUGAACAGCUCGAACAACUUGUGAAGUCAAUCUAUGCUACUUUAAUCAAAGUUAUGGGUCGGCGUGAUUGCAUAGACUUAUUGAGCCGCGAAGCCAGCUUCUCAAUUCUGCAAAGUCACCAAAGGAGUUUUGUCUCUUUUGUGGACUGGCUUAGAAACUUUAACACCUCUCUCCAGGGUGUUAAAACGAAAAAGUCCCUAAUUUUUGUCUUGGAAAAGUAUGUUGUCAUUCUAGAAGACAACCCUUCGUUGAAGAAUUAUAAACCCACCAGGUUCGCGCUUGAAGUGGUACUUCAAGAGCUCAUCAUAGAACGCAAAGAGCGCUCAUCGGUGUUGUCCCAAAUAUUGAAUGCCAUUAAUGGAGCUUGA